CAAACUGAAUUUUCCUUAGCUCAGCCUGGAUCAAAGCAAAAUAAACAUGGCCGAUCUUUCUAGGAGACGCCUCGAAUAAGUGUGAAAACCCACAAUGGCUUCUGUGGCCAAUGCCACUAUGUGGCUGUUGUUUGGUGUAACACUUUUGUUUAUAUCAUUUGGAGGGUUUGCUUUGAUGCUUGGUCUCUAUGUAUUGGCUUUUAUUGCUGGUGGUUUGUUGAUAGUUUAUCAUUAUGGUAAACAAGCUGCUUGCUUGAACCUAUCUGAGUUGCAUCAAAGUGGACUAGUGGGGAAUGGAGGGAUUGAGAAGGUGAAAGCUGCAAUGGAACAAACAACUAAAAUGAAAAAUUUUGACAAGCGUAUGACAGGAGCCUCUGUAAUUGAUGAUGUAUUAAAAGAAGUUUUAGAGUAUACAGUGAAGGAUUAUAUUAAAACAUGGUAUAGACAAAUAAGCGACCAUGAUAGCUUUCUUGUUGAUAUUUGGCAAUGUGCUCAGAAAGUUAUUAUCACAUUUUCUAACAGAUCAAAAGAUAUAGACUGGAUGCCAUAUUUUACUCAGCGUUUGGUUGAUGAUUUUGCAUCACAUAUUCGACUGUAUAGGCGUGCAGCAGAGAGAACAAGUUCUGCACCAAAUGAAGAAAGUUUUGCAGCUCUUGAGAGUGCAUUUUUCGACAUGGAAGUUGAAAUGGAAAACAAUAUGUGUAGAGAUCUAGUUUGUCUUGAUCCUAAAGCUGAAAGGCAAUAUCUACAAGAUCUCAGUGAAGUUUUGUUAUAUUUAUUGUUACCAAAAGAAGAUUUUCAUAAUAAACCAUUUAGGUAUAUAGUUCGUGAAGUUCUAGUCAAUGGGAUCUUCCUCCCAACAAUUGAUUUAUUAUCUGACCCAGACUACAUCAAUAUGUACAUAGCAUGGAUGUGUUACGAGACAUCUUUUACCCGUGAAACUUUUUUGACUGUGAUCCGUUCUAGUGACUGCAUGGAGGAGUUGGAGGCAGUGAGGGACAUGGUAGACAGUGACAUAGCCAAGUGGCGCUCAAAAGAUACUGGAGGAAGUGAUGAUACGACCAUCAAGCAGAAUCUUAACAGCUUGAUGUUUCUACGUGACACAUGUGAGAUGAGAAUAAGACGACUCAAAAGUGGCUUGGGCUAUUCUGAGCAGAUGAUGGAGGAGCCAGAGAAUUUGAGGUAUCAGAGCUUGUAUGUCUUAACAUUGGAUGAUAUUUUCAAUAACAAUGUCGCUUUACAGUUUUUCAUUGAAUAUAUCAGCAGCAAAGGUGGAGAACAGUAUUUGUUUUUCUAUCUAAAUGUUGAGGGCUUUCGGGCUGCAGCUGAACAGCAGAUCUCAGAGAUGCAGAAACUAACUCUCACGUCUGUCACAGCCCCUGAACCAGAUCUGGAGUCUUUGAGAAGAGCUGCUAAAAUUAUUUUUGAUCAAUAUUUAUCUGAGAAGGCCUCAUCAAAAUUAAAAAUAGAGCCUGACUUCAUCAAGUAUACAGUGCAGAAAAUGAAAAACAAAAUGUUGUCUGAGGAUAUUUUUGAUACUGUACAAGCCAGAGUAUACCAAAUCCUUCACUGUGAGUACUAUGAGGACUUUGUCCAGAGUUCUUCUUAUAUCAAACUGUUACGAGAGCUUGGGCUUCUCACUAGCAAGGAAGAUGGGGAUCACUUAGAAGAUGAUGGAAGUGCUGCCACUGUGUCUGAGGGCUCAUUGGGAAGUGCUGAUGAUUUACAAGAUGCACAGUAUGAAGAUACUGGAUCAGACACAAUGUCUAUAGGCUCGGCUUCAUCAGCAACAUCUGCUGGGUCACCAUCUGGUGAGACAUACCUCAAUGCACAGAUCACACACUCAGGUGUGGUGAAAGAGCCAGAGACAGGCAAGUCGUACGCUGUGUUUGCCAUCAACGUACACAAAAAGGACCCAUACUCAGAAGAAGAGGAUGUAUGGGAUGUGUACAGGAGAUACAGUGACUUCCAUGAUCUUCACAUGAUUUUAAUAGAAAAGUUUCCAGAGCUUACCAUUCCCAAUUUACCAAGUAAAACUGUGCUCAAAAACAUGAGUCAAAGUUUUCUGGAGAAACGGAAAAAAGAUUUGGACAAAUACCUUAAGAAUUUGAUGAGAGCUGACCUACUUCAACAUUAUCAAGGACUGGAAGAAUUACUCAAUCAAUUUCUACACAAUGGAAUCUGGGAAAAACAUAAAUCAGAAUUUUCUAGAAAAAUGGAUACUAUUGUACAUCCUUUAAAAAGUGCAUCUAAAAGUAUGGGAAAUGUGGUGAAGAGUGUCCCUGAUGGUGUCACUCGCAUUGGAGAUGGUCUGGGUAAAGUGUUUACCCAACAAAGAAGUGUAGACCAAUCAAAAUCUAGAGAAAUGAUGAAUCAACUUAAAGUAGGAGCUGGAUUAGAUCCUGAGGCAGGAGAGAACAUCCCCCUGCGUAUUAUGCUGCUGAUGAUGGAUGAAGUCUUUGAUCUGAGACACAAAAACCAGUGGCUGAGGAGGAGAAUUGUUGCUAUUUUACGGCAGUUGAUCAAGGCCACGUUUGGGGAUAAAAUUAACAGAAAAAUAGUAGAACAUGUUGAUUUUAUGACUUCAGCUGAACAAAUGGCAGAAUAUAUAAUAGCCUUUAAAAAUUCUUUCUGGCCAAAUGGGGCAUUGGCUGAACCAAGAAGCUCAAGAGAUGAAGCAACAAAAAUGAGGACCAAAGUGUUGUGCAAAGCUAAAAUGUUAGGCAGUGUGCCAGAUGAGGUGAGGACACUGAUGGGAACAGACGCUGUUAGAAAAGGUGUGGCAAGAGUCUUUCAAAUGUUCCAACACAAGACACUGAACAAGCGCAUCCUGUAUGUUGUUCUUGAGGGGGUACUGGUUACACUGUUUCCAGAAAACAAAUUCCAGGCUAUAUUUAGAAAAUUACACUCGCGCUCCGAGCGAGCAGAAAAAGCUGAGGAGAAACAAAAGGCGGCCGCCGCUCAAGAAGCUCAGCUGAGGAAGAGGACUGUGAAACGUUGAAUGUCCUAAUAUUCAAGGAGUGUCCUGAUAGUGAAACGUUACAUGUUCUGAAGGUGAAUGUUGAAUGUCCUGAUGUGCAUCAUGGAAUGUCUAGAUGGUAAAUCGUUGAAUGUCCUUAUAAUUAAUUAUUGAAUGUCCUGAAGGUGUAGCUUUGAAUGCCCUGAAGGUGUAGCUUUGAAUGUCCUGCUAGUGAAAUGUUGAAUGUCCUGCUAGUGAAAUGUUGAAUGCCCUGAAGGUGUAGCUUUGAAUGUCAGACUUUGAAUGUCCUACUAAAAGUUUGUAAUUUUAGGAAGAGGAUUGUGAUACAUUGUAUUUGCCUGAUGCAAGUCUAUCACUUUUUUCAUGUGUUCAUUUUUGUGCAGGUAAUAAAAUGUUUCCAUCUACAUUGAUUUUAUGUAUAUAAGCUCAAAUAGGUGAACUAUUUCCAAUUCAAGCCAUAUUUAAGUAUAUUUAAAUUGAUUCAAACAAACUUUUUAUGCUGGUGCCGUGAAUAUUUUGUUGCCAUUUUAUUUUUAGUCCAGUGACCUGUGUAAAAUUGCUACACCUCUGUCUGUAUGACAUUACUCCUCAUUUACUUGUGUUGUAUCAAAGAAAUUUUUAUUGUCCAAAAAGCAGUUUUUAAAGUAGCAUAGAUAUUCUUUUUUUUAUCAGUAACAGAAGUCUCUUGAUACAUCGUGUAUUAAAUUUCAUAUAAUGUCACAUUUUUUAUAAGUGAGCCUGAGAGCUCUUUUUUUUUUUAUUUUUAAAAUGCAUUUUUUUUGCCAUUUGAUGAUUAGAGUUUAAAUGAAAUAUGGAGAACAAAUGAAAAUUAUUAAGUGGCAUGAAAUUUCUUUUAGUUACUGUUUAGCAAGAUUAAAUUCAAAAUAUUAUAGAUUGUUAACUAACCAACUGUGCUAAAAAUUUAUUUACUCAAAUAGUUCUUUCAAAAAGGGGCAUUAAUUAUAUUUUUUUAAGGAGUGUAAAAAAGCUUAAAGAUUAAUGUUAAAAAUUUAUUUAGUAAUUUUUUUUUUAAAUUAUGAAAUUCUCCAUCUCUAGCAAUGUAAUAUAGAAUACUGGUUUUUUUUUAAAUUAAGUUUUGUGAGCAACUAAUAACUUUAUCAAAAGUUUUACAUUUUUCAUCCAGCAAUUCUGAAUCAAAUUCACAAGCUUCUCGUAGCACUGGCUCAUUGUUUUCAUUUGGGACCUUAUACCAUUAGUGCAUAUUACAAAUGUUAAUAUGUAACUGUUGUGAUGUACAUCUAUCUACAGUUAAGUAGUAAGUGUAGAAAUGGACAUUAGUGCAAUAUAUAAUAUGUAUAAAUUGGGAGUGGUGUCAUUUUUUAUCAAAUUGAUGUAACUUAAAACUUCCCCAACUGCUAGGUAGCAGUUGCUGUAGUUAGCUUUGAAAUCAGUAGAUGUCAAAUAAUUACAUUCAGAUUUUAACAAAUAUUCAGCUAAAAUAAUUUUACAUGCCACCUGCUGGAAAGGUUGUCAUGUUUUUAAUCCAAUUUUAUAUUGUACAAAUCAGACAGUAGUAAAACCUUUAAUGGUGGGAAGUCAUGUGACCAGUCAGGUGACAAGCCUCUUGGCACUGUUUUAUCUCACAUUUCCAAUGUUCAUGUUUGUUUUUAACAGUGAUUUUUUUUUCACUGGUGAAAUUUUAAAUAAAAUUAUUUAUUUCAUCAA